GGCUAAUCAAUAGCACUUUGAUAUGCAAAUGCGAGGAUGUUUGAUUUUGAUGCCUAAUUGACACUUAAAAUACUUGCUUUUCCUUUGUAUCAUCUGGUAUCGACUUCCGUGAGAAAUCUAUGAUGUCUUGUGCUAUUUAUGACAGCAUUUUAAUCGGGAAUCAUUGACAUUCAACAGCAGUUACAACUUACAAUUUUCUACUACCGUUAUCGGGUUAUUUUUAUUAAAGCUUAUUUAUAAAGCUUGAAAUAAGUACUUGGUGUAGUGGAUCAAUUCGCGAUGUCGGCUAGAAGGAGUCCGUAUGAAAGAAUGGUUGAUAAGCUUAUAAAAGAUGGCAUAAAAAUGAUUGCUGUUGAUUUUGAUAUGACUCUAGUAUCUGUGCAUACAAAUGGGAAUUGGAUGUUCACAGCCAGGCCAUUGGCGAGCAGAGUUCGACCUGGUUUUCCUGAAUUUUUGGGUGAGGUUUUAAAGAGAGGUCUUUGGGUAGCUGUAGUGACAUUUUCACCUCAAGUUGAAUUAGUAAGAGAUGUACUUGGAAAUAUUUUGCCUCAGAGAGAUGUUGAAAGAAUCUGUAUACGAGGGAAUACCUUGGAUUGGAAACCAUACCCCAGCUGUAGGAAAGAAGGUAAGCAAUCUCACAUUGAGUCAGCAAUAAAACAUUUCUACAAAGCAAGCAAAAUGAAGAUAAAGCCAUGUGAAGUAUUGCUUUUUGAUGAUGAUGAUGAGAAUAUUAGAGUUGCAAACAAGUAUGCUAUGAGAACUGUAAAAGUUGUUGACAACAGUACAUUGCCCAGUUUGCUUUCAUGAACUAGUGGUUAUGCUGAAAAAGAGUUAUGUAGCACCUUUUUGAAAAAAGAUCAAUUGUCAUCUGAAUAUUUAUACAGUAGCUACAUAGUCUGUGUAAUAAUACAGAUACAGAUAAUAUCUUGAUACACCAUCACCAUCCCACAGUACAACCUACUAAGUAGAUGCUAUUUUAUUAAUACAAGUUUGUUGAAUCAAAGAAGGCAAGGUAUGUUUUUAAACAGAUACUUCGAUUAAGUGUUACAAAAAAGGUUGUUGCACACGUUAUCUAUACAUUACACCUGGCUAGAACUAGCCUGGGUCACUAGAUGUACUGUAUCUAAUGCCAAAACAUUUUUAACUAAUUUUGUAGAGAUAAUUUAUAUAAUCUUGCAUUGUAUUAUAGAUCUUCUCUUUAUACCAGAGGACAUAUCCAAAAAAUGUGUUUUGUGUAUUAUGAUCAGUUGCUUAUAAAUACA